CCUCCGGGAUUCUGUUCCAUCCACUCACACACAGUUAUGAUAAGGAGAGUGAAGUGUGAGCUAAAUAGGGAGGAGGCCUGGGCAAGGUCAUUUCUGCCAGAACGCCAGAGAUGCUAAGAUCUCAAGGGUGCCAUAUACAUAAACAGAUGCUACAUUAGAGAAGUAAAACAAUAUACAUACAUAUAGCGAGAGGGAGUAAAAAUGAGGGUCCCUAUAUAUGAGGAUGUAAAGGGUGAAACUGAAGAGGAAAAAGCAGAGGAAGAAGAAAAUGAAGAAGACAAGGUAUUCUUUAAGCCUGUUAUUGAAGACCUGAGCAUGGAAUUGGCCAGAAAAUGCACCGAACUCAUUAGUGAUAUCCAUUAUAGAGAAGAGUAUAAAAAAUCUAAGGACAAGUGUACAUUUGUGACUGACACUCCGAUGCUAAACCACGUAAAAAAUAUUGGUGCUUUUAUUUCUGAGGCAAAAUACAAAGGUACCACUAAGGCGGACCUCUCCAAUUCUCUCUAUAAGCAGAUGCCAGCUACAAUUGACAGUGUCUUUGCAAGAGAAGUCACGCAGCUUCAGAGUAAGAUCGCCUACAAGCAGAAACAUGAUGCUGCCAGAGGACUCUCAGAUUACACCCAUAUGAAGGAGCCACCUGCCAUGGAGGUCAAUAAACACCAGAGUAAUAUUUCUUAUAGAAAAGAUAUGCAGGACACCCACAUGUAUAACGCAGAGCUCAACAGACCAGACAUCAAGAUGGCAACACAGAUCUCCAAGAUCGUAAGCAAUGCAGAAUACAAGAAAGGCCAAGGAGUAAUGAAUAAAGAGCCUGCUGUAAUUGGAAGACUAGAUUUUGAACAUGCUGUUGAAGCUUCUAAACUUUCUAGUCAAAUUAAAUACAAAGAAAAAUUUGAUAAUGAAAUGAAGGAUAAGAAACAUCAUUACAAUCCCCUUGAAAGUGUUUCUUUUAAGCAAAGCCAGCUUGCCACUGAGCUGGCAAGCAAUCGGGAGUAUAGGAAAAUGUUUGAGGAAAACAAAGGCAUGUAUCAUUUUGAUUCGGACGCUGCAGAACACCUGCACCACAAAGGCAACGCCAUCCUCCAGAGUCAGGUUAAAUACAGAGAAGAAUAUGAAAAAAAUAAGGGGAAAUCGAUGCUUGAAUUUGUUGAGACACCGUCAUAUCAAGCUUCAAAGGAGGCCCAGAAGAUGCAGAGUGAGAGAGUUUACAGAGAGGAUUUUGAGAGGGAGAUUAAAGGAAGGUCAUCACUGGAUUUAGACAAGACUCCAGAAUUUCUACAUGUAAAGUACAUCACCAACUUACUGAAGGAGAAGGAAUAUAGAAAAGAUUUGGAAAAUGAAAUAAAAGGGAAAGGAAUGGAUCUUAAUUCAGAAGUUCUUGAUAUUCAAAGAGCAAAACGAGCAUCUGAAAUAGCUAGUGAGAAAGAAUACAAGAAAGACCUGGAGUCAGAAAUUAAAGGGAAAGGAAUGCAAGUUGGCAUUGAUACCCUUGAAAUACAACAUGCCAAAAAAGCUUCAGAGAUAGCUUCAGAGAAAGACUAUAAAAGAGAUCUGGAGACUGAAAUUAAAGGGAAGGGCAUGCAGGUGAGCACAGACACACUUGAUAUCCAGAGAGCCAAGAAAGCAUCUGGAAUGGCCAGCCAGAUAGAAUAUAAGAAAGAUCUGGAAACAGAAAUCAAAGGGAAAGGAAUGCAAGUGAGCAUGGACGUUCUGGAUAUGCUGCGAGCCAAGAGGGCAUCGGAAAUCUAUAGCCAGAAAAAGUAUAAAGAUGAAGCAGAGAAGAUGCUUUCUAACUAUUCUCCUGUGGCGGAUACUCCUGAAAUCCAGAGAAUUAAGACAACUCAACAAAACAUUAGUUCAGUAUUUUAUAAGAAAGAAGUAGGAGCUGGCACAGCAGUAAAAGAUUCUCCAGAGAUUGAACGAGUGAAGAAAAAUCAGCAGAAUAUUAGUUCAGUGAAAUACAAAGAAGGGAUAAAGCAUGCAACAGCCAUUUCUGAUCCUUCAGAGCUAAAGAGAGUUAAAGAAAACCAGAAGAACAUCAGCAAUCUCCAGUACAAAGAGCAGAGCUACAGGGCAACCCCAGUCAGCAUGACGCCAGAGAUAGAGAGAGUGAGGAGGAACCAGGAGCAGCUGAGUACGGUAAAAUACAAAGGAGAGAUUAAACAGGCAACUGCAAUUUCUGAUCCACCAGAGCUGAAGAGAGUUAAAGAAAACCAGAGGAAUAUCAGCAAUGUUUAUUAUAAAGGUCAGCUGGGAAGAGCUACGCCUUUAAGUGUAACUCCUGAGAUGGAAAGAGUAAAGAAGAAUCAAGAAAAUAUUAGUUCGGUAAAAUAUACCCAGGACCAUAAACAGAUGAAAGGUAGACCAAGUCUUAUUUUAGAUACACCUGGUCUGAGACAUGUCAAAGAAGCGCAAAAUCAUAUUUCAAUGGUCAAAUAUCAUGAAGAUUUUGAAAAGACAAAGGGGAGGGGCUUUACCCCUGUCGUGGAUGACCCUGUGACAGAGCGCGUGAGGAAGAACACCCAGGUGGUCAGCGAUGCCGCUUACAAAGGUGUCCACCCUCACAUCGUGGAGAUGGACAGGAGACCUGGCAUCAUUGUUGACCUCAAAGUUUGGCGCACAGAUCCUGGCUCCAUCUUCGACAUUGACCCCCUGGAAGACAAUAUUCAGUCUAGAAGUCUACACAUGCUCUCUGCACCUGUUCUUCCUGGAGCCUACCAGCAGAGCCAUUCCCAAGGCUACGGGUACAUGCACCAGACCAGCCUGUCAUCCAUGAGGUCAAUGCAGCAUUCACCAAAUCUAAGGACCUACCGAGCCAUGUACGAUUACAGUGCCCAGGAUGAAGAUGAAGUCUCCUUCAGGGACGGCGACUACAUUGUCAACGUGCAGCCCAUCGAUGACGGCUGGAUGUACGGCACGGUGCAGAGAACUGGGAAAACCGGGAUGCUCCCAGCAAAUUACAUUGAGUUUGUGAAUUAAUUAUUUCCCCUUGCCCUUUGAGCUUUACUCUAAUGUAUACUAAACCUAGUCUUUUUAAAAGAUAGAAGACACUUUUAAGACAACUUGGCAGUUAUUUUACAAUAAUUUACCCUUACUUUGACAAUUAGACACACAGGUACCAGGAAGAAGGAAUGAUUUCUGGGCUGAGAACAGCAGCAUUUUCAGUAGUUCCUGUAAACAAAAUAAUUAGGUCUGGAGACCUGGUGCUGCUAAUUGUAUUACUGGGUUUUUUUUUGAUUGGCUACUGAACCCUUCUGGGGAGAUGUAUUUUUGUAGACUUUAAUAGAGAUGUUGAUUGUCUUGUAAAUGUAACACGUAUAUGAGACUUCUUAGCUGUCACUUUGGAAUCACCAGAAGCCAAUUCUCUUAAUUCAGCAACACAGCCAAUAAUUUAAAAACCGUGUAGCUUUGGAGUCAUUAGGCAAUUUCCAAUUCCAGUGAAAAUCCUCUAGUAUAAUAAAGUAAGCAAUGGCAAAAUGA